AAUUUCAGAGAUCUGCCUUGCUGUUCAGGUUCGAGCUUCCGUGUCGGCUUCUCUUCAAGUCUUCUCUCCGGGUGCGGGGUUGUGUGGGAGGAGGGAGAGAGAGAGAGAGAGACUCCACCGCAUCUUGCCGCAGCGAAAUGGAAUAUUCGGCGGUGAUCUUCGGCGACGGCGUCGACUUCUCUAGGCACAUCACGCGCGACCACUCCCGCAUCCCCGCGACGCUCUCCGUUCUUGCGUUGUCUGCAUCAGCGAUACUCCCCGUCGACUCUUCCGCUCUUCCGCGUGCUGCCGUCCGAUCAGACCCCUUCCGACCUCCCGCCGCUGUUCCCCGCACCCUUGUCCGCCGGAUGCGACGCAUCCGCCGCCGCAGCGCCACCGAAGACGGUGGCGAGGACGGCUUCUUUGAUGGUGGCGACGGUGACGACGGUCCCUUCGGCGGUGGAAGCGGGAGUGGAAAGGGAUGGGGUUCUUGGCGGCCGGGGGGAUCGGAGUGGGAAGAACCGGAUCGGCGCCCGUGGCUUUCUUCGUCGGCGGAUCCUGCCUUCGAUGUGGUUUAUGAGGUGCUUUGCUGGAUUGCGCUCUCGAAUUGUGCUCAUUUCGCUUUUAAAAAGAUGAGCCGGCUCCUAGCGGAAAGGGGGAAAGAUGUGUCGAUCAGAUUGGUCUUGCCUAUCUGAUGAACCUGGGUCCUCCAAUUCGGUCCCGAUUGGUGAUCCCUUUGUCUUUUCUCAAUCUAAUCCUGUCUAAAUUUUAUGUUCAUAAUCUUACAUGUUCUCUUCUUCUUUUCGUUUGUUAUUUCCUUAUGCUCUUCUCUAUUGGAUAGUAUUUAAAAGAUCAGGCGAGCAAAGGUACAUUUGUUUACAGUUA